AGUCACGUUUCAGGACAACUCAACAAUGACAAAUUAGAAUAAUCAUACGCUAGAUAUAUAUAACUCAAUAUCUCCCACUCAAUAAUCACGCCAUAUAAAACUACAACACUAUCUGAACCAUCUCCUACUCUAAAACUAAAAGUCAACAUGUAUCACAUAUUACAGAUCUCCGGCUAUGUUUUCAGGGCUUUAGGUUUGAAGAUGAAGAUUCUUAUAACAUUCACCUUUAGUGCCUUACUCAUUGGUUUUGUAAUCUUACUAUCAUUUUCAAGUAACUUCAACUACCAACUUCCUGAUGCUACACUCAACGGUUCAACUGAAACCGAGCCACUCCAUCAUGACAAACUGUUAGGAGGGCUUUUAAAACCGGGUUUCGAUGAAGCUUCUUGCGAGAGUAGGUAUACUCAGUCAUUGUUGUACCGCAAGCCUUCACCACACAAGCCAUCACCAUAUCUUGUCUCUAAGCUAAGAAGCUACGAGUUGCUCCACAAGCGUUGCGGUCCAGGCACAAAAUCUUACAAGAAAGCAACAAAGAAUCUUGGUCAUGAUGAUGAUGAUGAUGAUGAAGACCAAGUAAGAACCUCGGAUAAAGGAUGCCGAUAUGUAGUGUGGGUGGCCACCGACUAUGGGCUGGGAAACAGAAUGAUAUCUAUGGUCUCUUUGUUCCUCUAUGCUCUCCUGACAGAGAGAAUCAUGCUGGUCGACCAACGAAAGGAUAUUAUAAGUGAUCUCUUCUGCGAGCCUUUUCCGGAUACUUCUUGGUUGCUUCCUCUGGACUUCCCAUUGAUAGGUCAGAUAGGUAGCUACUACAGGGAGCAUUCUCGUUGUUAUGGUACAAUGUUGAAGAACCAUGCCAUUAACUCCACUACAGUACCACCGUUGCAUCUUUAUCUUCAUCUCAUUCAUGAUUACAGGGAUCUUGAUAAGACGUUCUUUUGUGAACAGAACCAAAAUUUCAUCGAUAACGUCCCGUGGCUAGUCGUGAAAUCAAACCUCUACUUCGCUCCAUCUCUAUGGUUGAUACCUAGUUUUCAGACCGAACUCAUCAAGCUGUUCCCGCGGAAAGACACUGUCUUCCAUCACUUGACUCGGUAUCUGUUCCACCCGACAAACCAAGUCUGGGGAAUGGUCACAAGCACCUACAACGCUAACUUAUCAAAAGCUGACGAGGUGCUAGGUCUUCAAAUAAGAGUGUUCAGCACGCCAUCUGGAUAUUUCCAGCACGUGAUGGACCAGGUCGUGUCAUGCACACAAAGAGAGAAGCUCUUGCCAAAGACACCGAAAGUUAAAGCUGUUCUCGUGGCAUCUCUGCAUCCGGAGUACUCUGAUGAGCUGAGGAACGUGUUUUCAGAACGAACCAGCUCAACGGGAGAGAUCAUUGAAGUGUAUCAGCCAAGCGGAGAAAGGGUUCAACAAACAGACGAGAAGCUUCACGACCAAAGGGCCCUGGCCGAGAUCUAUCUACUGAGUUUAACUGAUAAACUCGUCACAAGCAGAAGGUCUACAUUCGGAUACGUAGCUCAUGGACUGGGAGGUUUAAAGCCGUGGAUACUCUACAAGCCAGAUAAAAAUGUACCUCCUGACCCACCGUGUGUUAGAGCCAGGUCGAUGGAGCCUUGUUUUAUUAGAGCUCCUCUCCGUGGUUGUCAAGCCAAGAAAAUCAAAACCGCACCAUUUCUAAGGCAUUGUGAGGAUUGGAACCCAGGGAUUAAGCUAGUUGAUGCCCCAGAUAGAUUUUGGUGGUGGUGGUGGUAACCCCUUAGUCAUCUUCUUUAGGCUCAACAAUUAUUUGCCUAAAGAAAUAAAAUUAGAAUUAUUCUCUAUGUAUCAGUUAUCUUUGUUGAUGCAGGGACGUCACACUUUUUAAAAAAAAUUCCUUAUAUAUGACAAAACAUGACAUGGCCAACUGUUACAUUUUAACUUGCUUUGGUUGAGAUUUUGACAUGAUGAUGGUGGUGGUAACCCUUAGUCAUCUUCUUCUACGCUCAUUAUUUAUUGCCUAAGAAACAAAAUUACACCACCAGUAGAAUUAUUCUCGAUGUAUCAGUGAUCUUUGUUUAUGUAUGGACGACGUCACACUUUCCAAAACUUUUGCUUACCUAAUCAAGUUGAAUGGUCAUAACUUAUAAAUGCUUUCUCCCAUCAUUUAGUUCUAUUUCAAAUUUUCAAAACUAAUGAAUAUCAUCACCAAUUAUCUUAGCUCAAAAUCAUAUCCAAACUUGAAAGAUAUAAUAAUAAUACAGCUAAUUCGGUAAUACCCAUGUAAUGUUUAUUCUCUCGAUACAAAG